AAAAGCCUCCCAUAUAUAUAUAUAGCAUCAUAUUCUCAAUUAAAAACUUAAUAUUUGCAUCCUCCCCUCUGUUUCUCUUUACAUACAGAAGAACAAAAUUUCAAGAGAAAAAAAAAAGAAAAAAGAAAACACCACCACUCUCUCUCUCCCUCCUUGAAAGGUUUUCCUUUUGUUCAAUUGAAGUUAUGGGAGCAUGAUUUGUUGUUGAAGAAAGAGUGAGAGAGAGAGAGAGAAAGAGAGAUAGAUUUUGGUUAGUUAUAGAAGAAGGAUGAAGAGGUCAAGAGAUGAUGUUUACAUCAGCUCUCAACUUAAAAAACCCAUGGUUUCUUCUCGAGGAGAAACCUCGGUGCAACCCCAGAUGAUGGCAGGAGGUGCUACUAGUGGUGGUGGAGGAGGAGGAGGAGGUGGCAGCAGCGGCGGCGGUGGACAAAAACUUACCACAAAUGAUGCCUUGGCAUAUCUCAAGGCUGUGAAGGACAUAUUUCAAGACAAAAGGGAAAAAUAUGAUGACUUUCUUGAGGUCAUGAAGGAUUUCAAAGCUCAAAGAAUUGACACUGCAGGUGUCAUAGCAAGGGUGAAGGAGUUAUUUAAAGGGCAUCGUGACCUAAUUUUAGGUUUCAAUACCUUCUUGCCUAAGGGAUAUGAGAUCACACUACCUCUAGAGGAUGAACAACCUCCACAGAAGAAGCCUGUUGAAUUUGAAGAAGCAAUUAAUUUUGUGAACAAAAUUAAGACAAGGUUUCAAGGUGAUGAUCAUGUUUACAAAUCAUUUUUAGACAUUUUGAACAUGUACAGGAAAGAAAAUAAAUCCAUCACUGAAGUCUACCAAGAGGUUGCUACACUUUUUCAAGACCAUAGUGAUCUGCUUGUGGAGUUUACCCAUUUUCUACCUGACUCUUCGGCUGCAGCCUCUGCUCACUAUGCUCCAUCUGUUAGGAAUUCCAUUCUUCGUGAUAGGAGCUCUGCUAUGCCCACAAUGCGCCAAAUGCAUGUGGAUAAGAAAGAAAGGACCGCUGCUUCCCAUGCUGAUUGUGACUUCAGUGUUGACCGUCCUGAUCCAGAGCAUGAUAGAUCUCUGAUCAGAUCAGACAAAGACCAAAGGAGGCGUGGUGAAAAGGAAAAGGAGAGGAGAGAAGAUCGAGAUAGGAGAGAACGGGAAGAUAGAGAUUAUGAGCAUGAUGGUAACUGUGAAUUCAUGCAACGGUUUCCCCCCAAAAGGAAACCUGCUCGUAGGGUUGAAGACGCUGCUGAAUAUCAAGGUGGGGAUGCCGAUGAAAACUUUGGAAUGCUUCCUGUUUCAUCCACUUGUGAUGAUAAAAAUGCUGUGAAAAGUGCUUUAAGCCAAGAGCUCGCAUUCUGUGAGAAAGUGAAGGAAAAGUUGCGUAAUCCAGAUGAUUACCAGGGAUUUUUGAGGUGUCUUCACCUAUACACCAGAGAAAUAAUUACAAGACCAGAACUGCAAUCUUUGGUUGGUGAUUUACUUGGAAAGUAUCCAGAUCUUAUGGAGGGCUUCAAUGAAUUUUUGGCACGUUGUGAGAAGAAUGAGGGUCUGCUAGCUGGUGUUGUGAGUAAAAAAUCCUUGUGGAAUGAUGGUAACUUACCCAGACCUGUCAAGCUAGAGGACAAGGAUAAAGAUCGGGAUCGCGAGAGGGAAGAUGGGGUGAAAGAAAGAGAACGUGAAACACGGGAAAGGGAUAGACUUGACAAAAAUGUAGCAUUUAGCAAUAAUAAAGAUUUGGGGGGUCAUAAGAUGUCUUUAUUUUCCAACAAGGAUAAGUUUUUGAAACCAAUUAAUGAACUCGACCUAUCUAACUGUGAGCGCUGCACUCCCAGUUAUCGACUUCUGCCCAAGAAUUAUCCCAUAGCUUUAGCGAGCCAGAGGACAGAACUCGGUGCUGAAGUACUGAAUGAUCAUUGGGUAUCUGUCACUUCAGGAAGUGAAGAUUACUCUUUUAAACACAUGCGCAAAAACCAGUAUGAAGAAAGCCUGUUUCGAUGUGAAGAUGACAGGUUUGAGCUGGACAUGUUGUUGGAGUCUGUUAAUGUGACAACCAAGCGUGUAGAAGAACUAUUAGAAAAGAUCAACAACAACUCAAUAAAAACAGAUUCUCCAAUACGUAUUGAGGACCACUUAACAGCUCUGAAUCGGAGGUGUAUUGAACGUUUAUAUGGUGAUCAUGGGCUGGAUGUGAUGGAUGUAUUAAGGAAGAAUGCUUCUCUUGCUUUGCCAGUCAUAUUAACUCGUUUGAAGCAGAAACAAGAAGAGUGGGCAAGGUGUCGUGCUGAUUUCAACAAAGUUUGGGCUGAAAUUUAUUCCAAGAACUAUUAUAAGUCCCUUGAUCAUCGUAGUUUCUAUUUCAAGCAACAGGAUACAAAGAGCUUGAGCACAAAAGCCUUAUUGUCAGAGAUCAAGGAAAUUAGUGAGAAAAAGCGUAAAGAAGAUGAUGUGCUUCUUGCAUUUGCUGCUGGCAACAGAAGACCUAUUAUACCUAAUUUGGAAUUUGAGUAUCCAGAUCCUGAGAUUCAUGAGGAUUUAUACCAGCUCAUCAAAUACUCUUGUGGAGAAGUUUGUACAACUGAACAGUUGGACAAAGUGAUGAAGAUUUGGACAACUUUCUUGGAACCCGUGCUUGGUGUUCCUUCCCGGCCUCAGGGUGCAGAAGACACUGAAGAUGUUGUGAAGGCAAAGAAUCAUUCUUCCAAAAGUGGAGAUAGUGAAGGAAGCCCAAAUGGUGGUGGUGCUACAGUCCUCAACAAGCAUUCAAAUCUUUCAAGGAAUGGAGAUGAGAGUAUCCCACCUGAGCAAUCGAGUUCUUGCAAGGCUUGGUUGCUUAAUGGAGAUAAUGGCAUUAAGGAAAAUGGUUCUCCAGAUGCAGAUCGUAUAGCUCACAAGAGUGAUACUUCCUGCAGUACUGUUCAACACGAUAAGAUGCAGAUUAAUAUAGCCUCAGCUGAUGAAACAUCAGUGGUUGGAAAUGGCAAACAAGCUACUUCGAAUGAACGAUUAGUCAAUUCAAACAAAUCACUUGUCACAGGAGCAAAUCUAAGUAAUGGACAAACUAACAUAGAAUCAGGACUUAGUAUUCCUACUUCAAGACCAAGUAAUGGUACAGUUAAUAGCGGGCUUGGAUUAGGUUCAAGCAAUGAAAUUGUACCCUCAGCAGAGGGUCGUGAUUUUUCAAGACCAACUGUAUCCACAAAUGGGGUGACAACAGAAGGUGCCAAGAAUCCUAAAUAUAAUGAUGAAUCUGCUCAACAAUUUAAAAUUGAAAGAGAAGAAGGUGAAUUAUCUCCAAUUGGAGACUUUGAGGAGGACAAUUUUGCAGCUUAUGGAGAAGGUGGUUUGGAGGCUCUGCUUAAGGCAAAGGAAAGUGCUGCAAGUAGGCAGUACCAAACGAAACAUGGGGGAGAAAACGAUGCUGAUGCUGAUGAUGAAGGCGAUGAAAGUGCUCACAGGUCAUCAGAGGACACUGAGAAUGCCUCUGAAAAUGGUGAUGUAUCUGGAAGUGAAUCUGGUGAUGGUGAAGAUUGCUCUCGGGAAGAGCAUGAGGAAGAUGGAGAACAUGAUGAGCAUGAUAAUAAAGCUGAAAGUGAAGGUGAGGCUGAAGGGAUGGCUGAUGCCCAUGAUGUUGAAGGAGAAGGAACGAUUUUGCCAUUUUCAGAACGUUUUCUUCUAAAUGUGAAGCCUCUAGCAAAGCAUGUCCCUCCAACAUUACAUGACAAAGAAAAGGGUUCUCGAGUUUUCUAUGGAAAUGAUUCCUUCUAUGUGCUUCUUAGGCUUCACCAAACAUUGUACGAGAGAAUACAAUCAGCAAAAAUCAAUUCAUCAUCUGCUGAAAGGAAAUGGAGAGCCUCAAAUGAUACAAGUUCAAUUGACCAAUAUGCCAGGUUUAUGAGUGCUCUUUACAAUUUACUUGAUGGUUCUUCUGAUAAUACGAAAUUUGAGGAUGAUUGCCGAGCUAUUAUUGGAACUCAAUCAUAUGUUCUUUUCACAUUGGACAAGUUGAUAUAUAAGCUUGUCAAACAGCUCCAAACAGUGGCAACUGAUGAAAUGGACAACAAGCUGCUCCAACUAUAUGCAUAUGAAAAGUCAAGAAAACCUGGAAGAUUUUUUGAUGUAGUUUAUCAUGAAAAUGCCCGUGUUCUUCUCCAUGAUGAGAACAUAUAUCGUAUAGAAUGUUCUUCUACACCAACCCAUUUGUCUAUUCAGCUAAUGGACUUUGAACAUGAUAAGCCUGAAGUGACUGCGGUCUCCAUGGAUCCCAAUUUUGCAGCAUAUUUGCACAAUGACUUCCUCUCCGUUGUUCCUGACAAAAAGGAGAAGCCUGGGAUUUUCCUGAAAAGGAAUAAAAGAAGAUGUGUCAGUCAUGAUGAAUGCAAGGCAACAGAAGGAUUUCAAGUUUUUAAUGGUCUAGAGUGCAAGAUUGCAUGCAAUUCCUCCAAAGUAUCCUACGUUUUAGAUACAGAAGAUUUUUUGUUCCGCACCAAAAAGAGAAGGAAAAUUUUGCAACCAAGCAGUUCAUGCCAAGAGCAGGCAAAUAUUUCGAGAAGAGUACAGCACUUUCACAAAUGGCUAUCCAGUUCAUAGAUUCUGUGACCUUGAGGUGGAUAUGAUGUAUUUGUUCUACAGAUGCCUUGCAGAGACAUUAGAUGACUAGGCGCUAUAAUUGGAAAUUGAUGGCGCACCAACUGAAAUUAUCUUUCAUGUAUUCAGAGUGUCUCACCAAGUGAAUAAAGGAUCAACAAGAAAGCGGAUACCACAAGAUUGUACUAUAGUGUAAGUUUGAGGCUUUUUUGGGCCACAAUCAUGUAAAUAGAAAUGACAGGUGAUAUAAUACCUUAGAUGUAUUUCCAUUCCAUUCAUCAAUAUUUUUAAAAUCUCUCACUUA